GAAAGUUAGAAGUGGUCGACAGCAUCGUUGUUUUAAGUCUAUAUUUUACUCUUUAACAUCACAAUAAUUCGAGAUGUAUUUAGGAAUUUGCACGAUAUUUCUAUGUUUGUGGCAUUUUCAUACUGUGCUGUUGACAAAUUCGGAAGACGAUAGUUCUGCCGGGUCCAUCGACUCGAGGAUGAGGGACGAGUUUCAGAGGAUUUAUGUUCGCCCCGAAACAGAAGGCCAAAGUAGUAGACGUGGAAGCACAAGCAAUGCUAACGACUCUGAUGACGACGUAAUGAUUGUCGGGUCAAGGAAAUCGCGCGUAGCCAGAUAUUUUUAUCCCGUCGAUCAAUUUUGGCAGUACGAAAAGUGUAGACAGUUGAAGUUGCAACUCGUGAAGUAUUUACCGUGUAAUCAAACGGCGAAAAUUCUCCGUUCUCCGUCGCGGUCGGUCGAAGUUCAAGCAGACGGCGGUUGUUUUUACAGAACAUUGUCUUAUUGGGUGUCCGGCACGGAGAACAAUCAUCUUAUCCUCCGACUGCACGUGCUAGAAAUAGUAAGGACAGAUCAACGUAUUGUGGAAUUUCUUGGAGCAGAAAAUUAUCGUGAACACUUAAUUUGGUUAUCGCAAAACACUUGGGCGACAGAAACAGAAAUUGUCGCUGCCACUCUUCUCCUAAAUACACCGAUAUAUGUGUAUUCACAUCAUAAACGCACUUGGGACUUAUUUGACCAGAACAGACAAACCCGACAAAGCCCACUGACGAAAGAGGACAAGUGCAUUUAUAUUCAGCAUGUUUCAAGAAACCAUUAUAAUUUAGUGACGGAUGUGAAAGCCGGUCGAAACGGAGGAUCUAUUAGGUUGAAUCCUGAGAGGGCAAUUAUAAGAUAUCAAGAGGAAGAAAUCCGAUACUUUAAUCCUAUAAACGUAGCUUGGCAACAAGAAAUGUGUAAUAAAUGGGAAUUGAUACUUGAAAAGCCUUUCAAGUAUGACCUUCCACCAAAAAUUCUCAAGUCUCCGAAGAAAUGUGUUGAAAUGGAAAAAGACAAAAACAGUUUCUUCAGAGGGCUUUCAUAUUGGCUGUCCGGUAUAGAGCUCAAUCACCGAAUCAUCCGAAAUCGUGUAGCUCAAGAAAUUAUUUUUAAUCGUGCCAUUCAAGAAUUGUACAAUGGAUAUGAGUUCAUAAGCUUUGAAGUACAAAAUAAUUGGGCAACUAAAAUAGAAAUAAUUGCCUCGGCUGUUCUUUUGAACACAUCGAUAUUUAUCUAUUCACACGACACAAAGACAUGGGAUCUAUACAACAAGAACAUUAUAGACUAUGUUCCAGUGAAUACAUCAACUGAUAAGUGCAUUUACCUAAUGCAAAGUGCUCCAAAUGAAUACGACGUAGUUCAAGAAGUAGAGGACUAUGUUAUUCAAUUUAAUUUAAAUCAAUCUCUAACUUCGUCUGGCAACUAAACCUUACUAUAUUAAAACAGUUAUAGCCAAUGGCCAAGCAGUCGAUGCUAAUUAGAUAAUACAAUUUUUUUUUUUUUUAAAAAGCAGAGGACUUUUUUAAGACUGCCAAUUUGUUUAACUAUAUGUUUUAAUUGAGAAUAUUUGCGUUUAUCAUUGUUAAAAAUGUAUAUGUUACAUUACGUAUUUAA